CGGAUAAGUUGUUUGACGUCAUCUGGCACUUGGUUUGCACAAAUAACGUGAAUGUCGAUCAGCGUUCGAAGGUCACGGCAAUGCGUAUCAUUCAGCCACUGGGCGACGACUUUUCGAAGGAUACCUGUACACCCGCAGCCUUGGCCGAGGGUACUCCGUCCUACAACUGGAAAGAGAUUUCUCGGGCGUCGGGCGCGGAGGUGUCGCAUUUGCCCGGACCACGGCUCAUGUAUUUCGCUACCGCCACACAUGUUGAACCAUAUCGUUUAUUGCCUUGCGACCGACGCACCCUAAAGUUCUUGUUAGAUCCCGAGGAUCCGAAGAGGCGUCAGGGCAACAUGCGCAUCCUCCUUGAUCUCAAUUUCUCUUUCGACCCGAUCACUGGAACCACGCCGCUUCUGGAGUUCUUGCGUUGCCAGGACAGCAGGAGCCGAACAGUGACUUCGCUGCGCAAUAUGGGAGCUUUUGGGACGAGUGGGUGCGGCGGCUGCCUGGAAAAAUAUUGUGAAGACGAUUUCGAGGAGAUCGUAGAGUUGAUGCUGAAUGCUGGAGCCAGUCCCAAUACGGCGGCUGUGCUAAGCGCCCCCUCGCUUCACGCUGCGCGAACGUUGGCGCCUGUAACGC